AUGCAGGCCCCCACCAAGGACCACCAGAUCAACGGGUACACAGUGACCACCAAGUAUUGCACCACAUGCAGCCACUACCGGCCGCCGCGCUGCUCUCACUGCGCCGUGUGCGACAACUGUGUGGACAAGUUUGACCACCACUGCCCCUGGGUGGGCACCUGCAUCGGCCGGCGCAACUACCGCUUCUUCCUGCUCUUCGUCUCCUCCACUGCCCUCCUCUGCUGCUGGGUGUUUGGCCUGUCGGUGGCCAACCUGGUGCUGGCUGCCAAGGAGGACGGGUGGGCGUGGGGCACCGCGCUGGGGGACCACCCCGCGGCCAUCGUGUGCGCCGUCUACACCUUCCUGGGCUUCUGGUUUGUGGGGGGCCUCACCGCCUUCCACACCUACCUGGUCUCCACCAACCAGACCACCUACGAGCACUUCCGCCACCGCUACUCG